AUGACAGCUUCCUCUGCUUACGCUUCCUCUUCUUGCGCUUCUUCUGCUUGUGCUUCCUCUGCUUGCGCUUCCUCUGCUUGCGCUCCUCUGCUUGUGCUUCCUCUGCUUAUGCUUCCUCUACUUGUGCUUCCUCUGCCUCUUGUGCUUCUUCUGCUUGCGCUUCCUUUGCUCGUGCUUCCUAUUCUUGUGCUUGCUGUGCUUGUGCUUCCUCUGCUUGUGCUUCCUCUGCAUGUGCUUCCUCUACUUGUGCUUCCUCUGCUUGUGCUUCUUCUGCUUGCGCUUCCUCUGCUUGUGCUUCCUCUGCUUGUGCUUCCUCUACUUGUGCUUCCUCUGCUUGCGCUUCCUCUGAUUGCGCUCCUCUCCUUGUGCUUCCAAUGCUUCUGCUUCCUCUACUUGCGCUUCCUCUGCUUGCGCUUCCUCUGCGUGUGCUUUUUUGCUUGUGCUUCAUCUGCUUGUGCUCCUUUGCCUGUGCUUCCUCUGCUUGUGCUUCCUUUGCUUGCGCAUCUUCUGCUUGUGCUUCCUCUGCUUGCGCUUCCUCUGCUUGUGCUUCCUCUGCUUGCGCUUCCUCUGCUUGCACUUCCUUUGCUUGCGCUUCCUAUGCUUGUGCUUCCCCGGCUUGCGCUUCCUCUGCUCGCGCUUCCUCUACUUGUGCUUCCACUGCUUGCGCUUCCUCUGCUUGCGCUUCCUCUGCUUGUGCUUCCUCAGCUUGCGCUUCCUCUUUUUGUGCUUCCUCUGCUUCUGCUUCCUGUGCUUGCACUUCCUCUGCUUGUGCUUCCUCUGCUUGCGCUUCCUGUGCUUGCUCUUCCCCUGCUUGUGCUUCGUCUGCUUGCGCUUCCUCUACUUGUGCUUCCUUCCUCUACUUGUGCUUCCUCUGCUUGUGCUUCCUCUGCUUAUGCUUCUCUGCUUGUGCUUCCUUUGCUUGCGUUUCCUCUGCUUGUGCUUCUUCUACUUGCACUUCCUUUGCUUGUGCUUCCUCUGCUUGUGCUUCCUCUGCUUGUGCUUCCUCUGCUUGUGGUUCCUCUGCUUGCGCUUCCUCUGCUUGCGCUUCCUCUGCUUGUGCUUCCUUGCUUGUGCUUCCUCUGCUUGCGCUUCCUCUGGUUGCGCUUCUUCUGCUUGUGCUUCCUCUACUUGCGCUUUCUCGGCUUGUGCUUCCUCUGCUUGCGUUUCCUCAGCUUGCACUUCCUCUGCUUGCGCUCCUCUGCUUUUGCUUCCUCUGCUUGUGCUUCCUCUGCUUGUGCUUCCUCCGCUUGCGCUUCCUGUGCUUGUGCUUCCUCUGCUUGUGCUCCCUCUUCUUGCGCUUCCUCUGCUUGUGCUUCCUCUGCUUGUGCUUCCUCUGCUUGUGCUUCCUCUGCUUACGCUUCCUCUGCUUGCGCUUCAUCUGCUCGCGCUUCCUUUGCUUCUUCCUCUGCUUGUGCUUCCUCUGCUUGUGCUUCCUUUGCUUGUGCUUCCUCUGCUUGUGCUUCCUUUGCUUGCGUUUCCUCUGCUUGUGCUUCUUUUGCUUGCGCUUCCUUUGCUUGUGCUUCCUUUGCUUGUGCUUCCUCUGCUUGUGCUUCCUUUGCUUGCGCUUCUUCUGCUUGUGCUUCCUCUGCUUGCGUUCCUCUGCUUGUGCUUCCUCUGCUUGCGCUUCCUCUGCUCGCGCUUCCUCUAUUUGUGCUUCCACUGCUUGCGCUUCCUUUGCUUGCGCUUCCUCUGCUUGCACUUCCUCUGCUUGUGCUUCCUCUGCUUGCGCUUCCUCUGCUUGCUCUUCCUCUGCUUGUGCAUUGUCUGCUUGCGCUUCCUCUACAUGUGCUUCGUCUGCUUACGCUUCCUCUUCUUGCGCUUCUUCUGCUUGUGCUUCCUCUGCUUGCGCUUCCAUUGCUUGCGCUUCCUCUGCUUGCGCUCCUCUGCUUGUGCUUCCUCUGCUUGUGCUUCCUCUGCUUGCGCUUCAUCUGCUUUUGCUCCUUUGCCUGUGCUUCCUCUGCUUGUGCUUCCUUUGCUUGCGCAUCUUCUGCUUGUGCUUCCUCUGCUUGCGCUUCCUCUGCUUGUGCUUCCUCUGCUUGCGCUUCCUCUGCUUGCAGUUCCUUUGCUUGCGCUUCCUCUGCUUGUGCUUCCCCGGCUUGCGCUUCCUCUGCUCGCACUUCCUCUACUUGUGCUUCCACUGCUUGCGCUUCCUCUGCUUGCGCUUCCUAUGCUUGUGCUUCCUCUGCUUGCGCUUCCUCUUUUUGUGCUUCCUGUGCUUCUGAUUCCUUUGCUUGCGCUUCCUCUGCUUGCACUUCCUCUGCUUGUGCUUACUCUGCUUGCGCUUCCUCUGCUUGCUCUUCCUCUGCUUGUGCUUCGUCUGCUUGCGCUUCCUCUACUUGUGCUUCAUCUGCUUACACUUCCUCUUCUUGCGCUUCUUCUGCUUGUGCUUCCUCUGCUUGCGCUUCCACUGCUUGCGCUUCCUCUGCUUGCGCUUCUCUGCUUGUGCUUCCUCUGCUUGUGCUUCCUCUCCUUGCGCUUCCUCUGCUUGUGCUUCCUCUGCUUGCGCUUCCUCUACUUGUGCUUCCUCUGCUUACGCUUCCUCUGCUUGAGCUUCCUCAACUUUUGCUUCCUCUGCUUGCGCUUCCUCUGCUUGUGCUUCCUCUGCUUGUGCUUCCUUUGCUUGCGUUUCCUCUGCUUGUGCUUCUUCUGCUUGCACUUCCUUUGCUUGUGCUUCCUCUGCUUAUUCUUCCUCUGCUUGUGCUUCCUCUGCUUGCGCUUCCUCUGCUUGCACUUCCUCUGCUUGUGCUUCCUCUGCUUGCGCUUCCUCUGCUUGCUCUUCCUCUGCUUGUGCUUUGUCUGCUUGCGCUUCCUCUUCUUGUGCUUCGUCUGCUUACGCUUCCUCUUCUUGCGCUUCUUCUGCUUGUGCUUCCUCUGCUUGCGCUUCCAUUGCUUGCGCUUCCUCUGCUUGCGCUCCUCUGCUUGUGCUUCCUCUGCUUGUGCUUCCUCUGCUUGCGCUUCAUCUGCUUGUGCUCCUUUGCCUGUGCUUCCUCUGCUUGUGCUUCCUUUGCUUGCGCAUCUUCUGCUUGUGCUUCCUCUGCUUGCGCUUCCUCUGCUUGUGCUUCCUCUGCUUGCGCUUCCUCUGCUUGCGCUUCCUCUGCUUGUGCUUCCUUGUUUGUGCUUCCUCUGCUUGCGCUUCCUCUGCUUGCGCUUCUUCUGCUUGUGCUUCCUCUACAUGCGCUUCCUCUGCUUGUGCUUCCUCUGCUUGCGUUUCCUCAGCUUGCUCUUCCUCUGCUUGCGCUCCUCUGCUUUUGCUUCAUCUGCUUGUGCUUCCUCUACUUGCGCUUCCUCUGCUUGUGCUUCCUCCGCUUGCGCCUCCUCUGCUUGUGCUUCCUCUGCUUGCGCUUCCUCUGCUUGCGCUCCUCUGCUUGUGCUUCCUCUGCUUGUGCUUCCUCUUCUUGCACUUCCUCUGCUUGUGCUUCCUCUGCUUGCGCUUCCUCUGCUUGUGCUUCCUCUGCUUACGCUUCCUCUGCUUGCGCUUCGUGUGCUCCCGCUUCCUCUGCUUGUGCUUCCUCUGCUUGUGCUUCCUCUGCUUGUGCUUCCUCUGCAUGCGCUUUCUCUGCUUGCGCUUCCUCUGGUUGUGACUCCUCUACUUGCGCUUCCUCUGCUUGCGCUUCCUCUGCUUGCGCUUCCUCUGCUUGCGCAUCCUCUGCUUGCGCUUCCUCUGCUUGCGCUUCCUCUGCUUGCGCUUCCUUUGCUUGUGCUUCCUCUGCUUGUGCUUCCUCUGCUUGUGCUUCCUCUUCUUGUGCUUCCUCUGCAUGUGCUUCCUCUACUUGUGCUUCCUCUGCUUGUGCUUCCUCUGCUUGCGCUUCCUCUGCUUGUGCUUCCCCUGCUUAUGCUUCCUCUACUUGUGCUCCCUCUGCUUGCGCUUCCUCUGCUUGCGCUCCUCUCCUUGUGCUUCCUCUUCUUGUGCUUCCUCUGCUUGUGCUUCCUCUGCUUGUGCUUCCUCUGCUUCCGCUUCCUCUUCUUGUGCUUCCUCUGCUUGCACUUCCUCUGCUUGUGCUUCCUCUGCUUGUGCUUCCUCUGCUUGCGUUUCCUCUGCAUGUGCUUCCUCUGCUUGUGAUUCGUCUGCUUGUGCUUCUUCUGCUUGUGCUUCCUCUGCUUGUGCUUCCUCUGCUUGUGAUUCCUCUGCUUGUGCUUCCUCUGCUUGUGAUUCCUCUAAUUGCGCUUCCUCUGCUUGCGCUCCCGUGCUUGUGCUUCCUCUGCAUGUGCUUCCUCUGCUUGUGCUUUCUCUUCUUGUGCUUCCUCUGCUUGCGCUUCCUCUGCUUGCGCUUCCUCUGCUUGCGCUUCCUCUGCUUGCGCUUCCUCCGCUUGGGCUCCUCUGCUUGUGCUUCCUCUGCUUGUGCUUCCUCUGCUUGCACUUCUUCUGCUGUUGCUUCCUCAGCUUGUGCUUCCUCUUCUUGCGCUUCCUCUGCUUGUGCUUCCUCUGCUUGCGCUUCCUCUGCUUGCGCUUCCUCUGCUUGCGCUCCUCUGCUUGUGCUUCCUCUGCUUGCGCUUCCUCUUCUUGCGCUUCCUCUGCUUGUGCUUCCUCUGCUUGCGCUUCCUCUACUUGUGCUUCCUCUGCUUACGCUUCCUCCGCUUGAGCUUCCUCUGCUUGUGCUUCCUCUGCUUGUGCUUCCUUUGCUUGUGCUUCCUCUGCUUGUGCUUCCUUUGCUUGCGUUUCCUCUGCUUGUGCUUCUUUUGCUUGUGCUUCCUUUGCUUGCGAAUCUUCUGCUUGUGCUUCCUCUGCUUGCGCUUCCUCUGCUUGUGCUUCCUCUGCUUGCGCUUCCUCAGCUUGUGCUUCCUCUGCUUGUGCUUCCUCUGCUUACACUUCCUCUGCUUGCGCUCCUCUGCUUUUGCUUCCUUUGCUUGUGCUUCCUCUGCCUGCACUUCCUCUGCUUGUGCUUCCUCUACUUGCGCUUCCUCAGCUUAUACUUCCUCUGCUUGAGCUUCCUCUGCUUGUGCUCCUCUCUUUGUGCCUCCUCUGCUUGUGCUUCCUUUGCUUCCGCUUCCUCUGCUUGCGCUUCCUCUGCUUGUGCUUCCUCUUCUUCUUCCUCUGCUUGUGCUUCCUUUGCUUGUGCUUCCUCUGCUUGCGCUUCCUCUGCUUGUGCUUCUUCCACUUGCGCUUCCUCUUCUUGCGCUUCCUUUACUUGCGCUUCCUCUGCUUGUGCUCCCUCUCCUUACACUUCCUCUGCUCGUGCUUCCUCUGCUUGUGCUUCCUCUGCUUGUGCUUCCUCUACUUGUGCUUCCUCUGCUUGUGCUUCCUCUGCUUGUGCUUCCUUUGCUUGCGCUUCCUCUGCUUGUGCUUCCCCUACUUGUGCUUCCUCUGCUUACACUUCCUCUGCUUGCGCUCCUCUGCUAGUGCUUCCUCUACUUGCGCUUCCUCUUCUUAUGCUUCCUCUGCUUGAGCUUUCUCUACUUGUGCUCCUCUACUUGUGCCUCGUCUGCUUGUGUUUCCUUUGCUUGCGCUUCCUCUGCUUGCCCUUCCUCUACUUGUGCUUCCUCUUCUUGUGCUUCCUCUGCUUGAGCUUCCUCUGCUUGUGCUUCCUCUCCUUGUGCUUCCUUUGCUUGCGCUUCCUUUGCUUGUGCUUCCUCUGCUUGUGCUUCCUUUGCUUGAGCUUCCUCUGCUUUUGCUUCCUCUGCUUGCGCUUCCUCUGUUUGCUCUCCUCUGCUUGUGCUUUGUCUUCUUGUGCUUCCUCUGCUUGCGCUUCCUCUGCUUGCGCUUCCUCUGCUUACGCUUCCUCUGCUUGCGCUUCCUCUGCUUGCGCUUCCUCUGCUUACACUUCCUCUGCUUGCGCUCCUCUGCUUGUGCUUCCUCUGCUUUGCUUCCUCUCCUUGCGCUUCCUCUGCUUGCGCUUCCUCUGCUUGCGCUCCUCUGCUUGUGCUUCCCCUGCUUGUGCUUUGUCUGCUUGCGCUUCCUCUGCUUGUGAUUCCUCUGCUUGCGCUUCCUCUGCUUCUGCUUCCUCUGCUUGUGCUUCCUCUGCUUGUGCUUCCUCUGCUUGCGCUUCCUCUGCUUGUGCUUCCUACGCUUGCCCUUCCUCUUCUUGCGCUUCCUCUACUUGCGCUUCCUCUGCUUGUGCUUACUUUCCUUACGCUUCCUCUGCUUGCGCUUCCUCUGCUUGUUCUUUCUCUGCAUGUGCUUCCUCUACUUGUGCUUCCUCUGCUUGUGCUUCCUCUGCUUGUGCUUCCUCUGCUUGCGCUUCCUCUACUUGUGCUUCCUCUGCUUGUGCUUCCUCUGCUUACACUUCCUCUGCUUCUUCCUCUGCUUGUGCUCCUCUUCAUGUGCCUCCUCUGCUUGUGCUUCCUUUGCUUGCGCUUCCUCUGCUUGCGCUUCCUCUGCUUGUGCUUCCUCUGCUUGUGCUUCCUCUGCUUGAGCUUCCUCUGCUUGUGCUUCCUAUGCUUGUGCUUCUUCUGCUUGCUCUUCCUCUGCUUGUGCUUCCUCUGCUUGUGCUUCCUUUGCUUGAGCUUCCUCUGCUUUUGCUUCCUCUGCUUGCGCUUCCUCUGCUUGCGCUCCUCUGCUUGUGCUUCGUCUGCUUGUGCUUCCUCUGCUAG